UCGAUCGAGUUGUUGCCAUGACGAUCAGCGAGAGCAUCGAUGUCCAGGUGGCCGGCGAGCCAGGGUGUGCUCCGUCUCCGUCCCCGGAAGAGCUUCUCAUUCAUGUCCCCUCGCGCCAUGAAUCGACGCGGGGAGAUACGCCGUGCUCUGUCUCGCUCAGCGUGCCGGCCUCGCCGUCGGGGCUCCACCUCGCGCAGCUCGGCAUGCCGCCGCUGCCGCCCGUCAACGGCGAGGGCGCGGUGCCGCCCAGUAAGACAAAGCUCGUCCACCAUCCCUCCCUGCCGCAGCUGCUGAACCAGGCGCGGCACCACUCGCAGCCGACGCUGGUAGUCAGAGACGCGGGCGGCGAGGCGCCGGCGGUACCGCGGAGCGACAGCACGCGCGAGCGGGACCGGCGGUUCGACCACUUCAAGACCUUCUCUGGCCGCCUCGAGCGUCAGCUCUCCGCACUCCGCGGGCAGCCCCAGGAGCCCCUGCCGGACGCCGUCGACAUCGAGCGCGGCCACGGCGCCGCGUCCAAAAUCUCCGAGGAGGACACCGACGAGGAGGAGGACGUCCCCUCCGCCGACCGCUACUUCGCCGCGCUCGAAGGCCCCGAGCUCGAGACACUUCGCUCGACGGAGGUGGCUGUGUUGCCCAAGGACGAGUUGUGGCCGUUCCUACUCCGGUUCCCGAUCAGCGCGUUUGGGAUGUGCCUGGGCGUGAGCAGCCAGGCGAUGCUGUGGAAGACCCUCGAGUCGGAGCCCUCCACGGCGUUUCUCCGCGUCCACCCCGCCGCCAACCACGUCCUCUGGUGGAUCUCCGUCGCCCUCACCGUGCUCGUCUCCAUCACCUACCUCCUCAAGGUCGUCUUCUACUUCGAGGCCGUCCGCCGCGAGUUCCACCACCCGGUGCGCGGCAACUUCUUCUUCGCGCCGUGGAUCGCCUGCCUCUUCCUCGUCAAGGGCGUGCCGCGGCCCGUGGAUGAGAUCCACCACGUCGUCUGGUACCUCCUCAUGGCGCCCAUCCUCUGCCUCGACCUCAAGAUCUACGGCCAGUGGAUGUCCUCCGGCGAGCGCCGCCUCUCCAAGGUGGCCAACCCGUCCAACCACCUCGCCGUCGUCGGCAACUUUGUCGGCGCGCUGCUCGGCGCCAGGAUGGGCCUCAGGGAGCUGCCCAUCUUCUUCUUUGCCGUCGGGCUAGCGCACUACACCGUGCUCUUCGUCACGCUCUACCAGCGGCUCCCCACCAACGUGCAGCUGCCCAAGGAGCUGCACCCUGUAUUCUUCCUCUUCGUCGCUGCGCCCAGCGUCGCGUCCAUGGCCUGGGCCAGGAUCUCCGGCGAGUUCAACAACGGCGCCAAGCUCGCCUACUUCGUCUCCAUGUUCCUCUACGCGUCGCUGGUGGUGCGCGUCAACCUCUUCCGGGGGUUCAGGUUCUCGCUGGCCUGGUGGGCGUACACGUUCCCGAUGACCAGCGUCGCGCUGGCCACGGUGCUUUACGCGUCGGAGGUGGACAACGUGGGAACGCGGGCCCUGGCGGUGGGGCUCUCCGGGAUCUCCGCCGUCACGGUCACCGGCGUCCUGGCCACCACCGUGUACCACGCCUUCGUGCGCGGGGACCUCUUCCCCAACGACGUCUCCAUCGCCAUCACGCGGCGGAGGCCCAAGUUCAGCAAGAUCCUCGCGCACCUCCGGUUGUCCAGCUCCGACGACAAGGAGCUCGUCUUCUCCAUCCCAAGUUUCAGUUCCAAUCCAAACCUCGGUGCCUACUCCGACGACUCCGCCUCCGAUUCCAAGAUGAGUAGCAGCUCCGAUCAGUCUCCGGCGAUGGCCCACGGGCACGGAAGAUCGGCAGAGCCUUAGGUGGUCAGUGCCAUGCACGAAACUAAUUAGUACACAAUCUUACUUGUACAGAGUUCUUUUCUCUGUUUUUUCUUCACUCCUUUUUUUUUUCAUCAUCCGUGAAUUUGCUGCCCAUAGUGGCAAUUUUUGGCAGAGAUAUCCUUGAGCAAUAUGCAUAUAUUGCCGUGAUGGGGAUAUAUAUAUAUAAAUGCGGGAAGUAGCAGUUGAGUUCAUAAGUUUAA